AUAGUACUGAUCCUACGGGUCUGGUGCGGUCUGGUGGUGAUGGUAAACAGAAGUAUGGCUGCUGCCUAAUCGCUGUAUUGAGCGGUGUUUACAUGUUAAUUUGCAACUUGUUUACAGCUAGUAAAUUAUUAAUCUGUAGUACACCGCAGUAUAAUUGGGCAUCUUGUUCAAGACUGGGUUGUCGUAAAUGCUCGAUGUGACCAUCAUAGAUUAAACAUCCUUGCAACUUACCGUGACUGUAUGUAGAAUCUUCUAUUCGAAGCUGAAUAUAUUUUUAAAUGUAGGUUUCUGGUGAAUGUGAAACAUUUUAUUCAGAUUUAGUAUGCCAGAAAACAUGUCAAAACAAACAAAGAGGAAGAUAACAGUGGAAACAACCGUAAAUAAAAAUAAGGAUUCACAAAGGAGACCCAGUGUGUUUGAACGUUUGGGAACAAAAGCAACAACUUCCAGUGGAACUAACCAGAGUAACAGUGAUAAUUUUUGCAGACAUUGGGCCCAAAAUGGGAACUGUCCAUAUGGAAAGAAUUGCAAAUAUGCAAAUACACAUACACUGAUCAGUCCCUCAAAACAACGGGCAGCAAAGAAGGAAGGUGACACUAAACAAAAGCAGGGUCAUAGUUCAAAUUCAAAAUUGAACAGUAAGGAUGAGUUGAAUAAGCGGCUCCACUCAACUGUAGUAGUGAAGAAGACACACAGCCCAGACCUCAACUGGGAGAACUGGGACCAAACAGACCUAGAGUAUGAGGAUGAGAAAGUGCUGGAGAAGAGGAGGCAACUACUGCAGAGAGAACUUGAGCUGCAGAUGAAAAGAGAGAAGGAGGAACAGCAGAGACAGAAGAAGGAUAAGAAGACAAAGAAGGGUAUCAGCAGCUCAUCAUCCACCUCUGCCACCUCGAGCAGCUCCACUGAAUCAAGCUCGAGCAGUGAUGAUUCAAGUUCCACUUCAAGCUCUACAUCUGCAGAUUCUAGAAGGAGGAAAACGAAGGGUAAAAAACUGAAACGUGAUUCAAGUUCUUCCACUUCAGAAACAGAUUGCAUGUCCAAAAAGAAGUCUAGCAGGGGCAGAAAGCCCUCAGUUAAGGGUGGAAGUUCCCCACCUAGUAGCAAGAAGGCUCCUCUAGUUCGAAGAGGGGAUGGCCAGCGUUCGUCUUCAACGAAAAGGCGAGAACCAUCACCACUGCCAAGGAAAGCGCCUCCUUCCUCAAAACCAGGGUUACCACCAUCAAGAAGACGAUCGCUUACUCCUGCAGGACGUAGCAGUAGUGGGCAUCGUCGAAGGUCACAGACUCCACCGCAUUCUAGUGGAGGCAAGAGCAAGUCUGCUACUGGGUCACGUUCGUCGCUCAGUGUGAAACAACCAGGCGUAAAGCAUCAGUCUCCACGACCAAAUCGAUCUCUGUCCCUUGAUCGGAAAGACAAACACAAUAGGAGUGUGUCCCCACGUCCAUCAGCAAGGGAUCGUGAUCGUGACAGGGACAGGGACCGAGGCAAAGAGAAGGACCGGGAACGUGAGAGGGAAAGAGAACGUGAUAAAGAGAAAGAACGAGACAGGGAGAGGGAGAAAGAGAAAGAACGGGAGAAGGAAAGAGAAAGAGAGAAAGAGAGGGAGAGGGAAAAGGACAAGGAGAAAGAACGAGAGCGUGAGAGAGAAAAAGAUCGUGAUCGAGGGAGAAGUCGGUCCCCGAAGACUAAAGGGAAAGAUCGCCUAUCUCGUUCUCCACGAAGAGACUCGAGGCCUCCCAAGGACCCAAGGAAGAAGGGUUCUCCGGAUUCAGGCAAUUCAAAGGAUAAAGGUUACAGAGUUUCGCCUGCAAAAUCUCGGAGCAGUACUGGUGGAGGAAGAGCUCGAGAUAGUAGCCUUGACAAUAAACGCACUGCAGGCAAGAACUCACCCAGGGAAUCAGAGAGACGAGAUGCAUCUCGCAGUGACAUUAGAGAUACCAGAGAUUCAUGGACAAAACAUGCAGAUACAAGGAAGGAUCAUGAUAGGGGGCGAGAGAAGGAUGAGCGAGACAACAGGAGAGGAGACGUAUCAGACAGAGGUUUGCGGGAUGGCCUUGGUGGAAAGGAUCGUGGUUCUAGGGAGACGACACUGGAGCGAGGAGGAGGUGGAGGAGGAGGAGGAGGUCGUUCUGGAAAGGAUGAUGUUGGCAACCGCAGGGAUGACAGUAUUUCUUCUCGAGAUAGCAGCAGAAAAAGGGAGUCACAGAUGUUGCCAGGGAUAGUAGAGAAGACAGCACAAGACAGAGACUUCAUCCCUAAAAGUCGAGACCAUGUGGAUGGAGACCGCGACCGAGAUAGGGACAGAGAACGUGGGAGAGAGGCCCGUGAUAAUUGUAGAGACAAUAGAGAUAAUAGGGAUAUCAGAGAUAGUAGGGAUCCUAGAGAUAACCGAGAUAAUGCUAGGGAUGGCCGGGAUACGAAAGACAGUCGAGACAACAUUGAUCCCAGGUUAUCAAGGGAUGCCAGAAAUGCAAGGGAGAACAGAGAAUCUGCGAGGGAUAAAGAGCGAGAGGAAGCUCUGGAACGUUGCCGUGAGCGUCAGCGGGAACGUGAACGUGAACGCGAGAAGGAUUUGAAUAAGGCCCGAGAAUAUGAACGAGAGUUACCUUCACUGCUUACUCUUAUGACACAUAACCCUUCUGGACUUCAGCAGCCAACAUCUCGCAGCAGUAGAGACGGGAAUAACAAGAACUCUGGUGACUUCCAUUCAGGGCAGAAAGGUCUAGAUAAAAUGUUAGAUCGGGGUUCAGACAGGGACAGGGCUCUUGAUCGGGGGUCUGACAGGGACAGGGGACUUGAACGAGGGUCUGACAGGGACAGGGUACUUGAACGAGGUCCAGACCGUGACAGGGGUCUCAACAGAGGAUUGGAUAGAGGUCCUGACAGAGAGCGAGACCUAAGUAGAGGCCCAGAGAGAGACAGAGGUCUUGAAAGGGAUAGGCCUGCUGAUCGUCAAGACAGAGAGAGGGGUCUUGACAGGGGUUUGGACAGAGGACUGGGUAGAGGUCCAGAAAGACUUGAUAGAGGCUCAGAGAGGGGCCUUGAUAGGGGAUUAGGUAGAGGUUCAGACAGAGGAUCCGACAGGGGUGGUGACCGUGGGUUAGAACGAGGUCUUGACAGAGGCCCAGAGAGAAACUUUGAGAGGAACUCAGAAAGAGGAUUUGAUAGAGGCUCUGAGAGGGCCCUUGAUCGUGGCUCUGAGAGAAGUUUUGAGCGAGGCCUUGACAGAGGUUCUCACCUAGAUAGAGAACGGGACAGGGACAGCAGGGACAAUCACAGUGAUCAUGAGUAUCCAAUUCCUGCUAGAAACAGGGAGUCAGAUGGUCGACGGCCACCACCUGAUGACAAAGGAUAUGACAGUCCUUUCGACAGCAGGAGAGGUCGAGAUGAAAGAGGUCGAUAUUCUGACCAAACAGAGAGAAAUCGUUAUGAUGAUCCUGCACCGCAGCGUGAAGAUCCUCGUGGUUUGGUGGACAGACGUCUUGGUAUUGAUCCCAGGAGCUUUCCAGAAGACAGGCGAGGGCGUCGGGAAGGGCGCAACAGCAUGGAACCGUUGCGAGGUCGUGAUCCAUGGGAUGGUCGUGAGCGUGAGAGGGAGCGUGAUCCGAGGGAAAGAGACCAGAGAGAUCGAGAACGGGAGAGAGAACUACAUGAACGUGAGCGUGAGCUACGCGAACGAGAACAAGAGCGGCGAAGAGGCUAUGAACGUGAAGAGACUCGACCUCCAGGACCUCCUAUAAAGGGCAGAGACUGGGAGACGAGAGAUUAUACUGACAGUCGCCGAGAGUGGGAUGGAAGAGGCAGGAGGGUACCACCACCGGAAUGGGAGAAUGCCCACAGAGGAGAGUGGGGUGACAAAGAUGUACCACUUCCAAUGCCUCAUUCUAUGCCUCAUGCCAUGCCACCCAUGGAGGGGGAAUGGGGUUGCUUCCCUGGACCAGGAGGGGACUGGGCACCAGCUGCCGAUAGAAGGAGUGGAUGGGUGGAGGAAUGGGGUGAUCGUCAAGGUAUGGGGUUGGGCCCACCUAUCGGCAUUGGAGGCCCACCUCCAGGUAUACCAGGACGGCCUCCACCUCGAAUGCUGCCUUCCCACAGGGAGGAGCCUUCAUCUCUGUUACUGUCGAGAGAUGUGAAGAUCGAGGAGCCUGUACAUGAGGACAGCACUAAAAAGCUGCAUGAAGAUCUGAAAGAUAAGGAGCCAGUUGCAGAUGUUAAGGAAGAGAAGACCGGUGUUGAAGCACUUGUUAAAGUGGAUGAGAGUCCAAGCAAAAAGUUGGGAGAGACUUCAGAUCAGCCAGCCUCAAACAAGAGGCCUCGAGAUGCCUCAGACAGUGAGACAGAUAAACCUGAAGCCAAGAAGCUGUGUCUGGAGGAGUCCAUACCUCUUGAAGGGGAUCUGAGCGAUAUUAGUGACGAUGAUGCAGACGAGAUUCUCAACCGGGAGGACAGUGUGGAAGAGUUUGCGGUUGCCGUGGACGGUAAUGAUGUAGUACUAGCACUGCCGCAUGGCACUGCUGAGGCGCCUGCUACACCACUCUAUCACAGAGGCACAGAUGAGCACCCAGAGUUAACCGGAGGUACGUUGGCCGGAGAGACUGCAGUGCAAGCACCAGCUGCUGCUGCGGCGCUGGGAAACAGGGAUGUCCUAACAAGGGAGCCUGAGAAAGACGCAGCAGAUAGGGAGGAGAGGCUGCCAUCUGCUGUGGUUCAGGAAAUUAAUGUAGAUGCUCGAUCGAUGUUAAUGACAUCCCAUAUGGAGGAACGGCACCAGGAUGAGGAGACCAUGGACAACUUAGAUUUUGAAGAAAUAUCUGAUGAAGAACUGGAUCCAGAAGAGGCCAAAACUGGAAUUGGAGAUGCACUUGGUGUUGACUGGGCAAGCCUUGUAGCAGAGUCUCGACCUCGGACACGAGCUGAUUCAACCCCUGGUUCAGCUCGUCGGCGAUGGGAGAGCCAUCGUGUGCUAGUCCGUCUGGGUGUCUCUGUUCGGUAUGGAGGAUGGGAUCUUGUGGAGAGUCUGAAAGCCAAAUACAAAGAUGUCGAAGAGAAAACAGAGGAAGGAGGUGGUGAUGGAAAAGAGAAUGCCAAUCCCCAGCCUGAGAAUGGUGCAACUACGAAAGAGAAGACAUCGUCUUUGUCUUUCUUCCAUCCAGUAGCAUCAAUUCAUGUUGCUUUGCGGGAACGUCAGGCCCGGCGCAAUGCACUGUUUGCAAGUUCUGGCCCCUACAAGCGGGCAUUAUCUGCACGAAGAGAUCUGGCAAUUAGGCGUCAGCUCUGCAAUUUACCUGUGAAGGAGACCACAGGCGACAGUCAGCAACCAGGCCCAGACAUCGAACUUUACCGUCUUGGUGUACAGUUGUUUGAGAGGAGUUUGUAAUUACGAAAACCUCCAUUUAUUGCUUGUUUUGGGAUGAAGGGAUUUGAAUACCGAACUGAGGCUACUGUUGAAUGGAAGUAAUGCAUCAGUGAGAUUAUGAGUUUGGAUCAUUGAAAUUGGACACUAAGUGAGGGAAAAUCUUAAAUUUAAGAAAAUUAAAUAGGGGAUUGUGCUGUAUUUGUGUGUAUUAUUCAUGUGUAUGUGUGUAUGUUGUGUGUGUGUGUCUGUUUAUAUGCCUAUGCACCGUGUACAUUGGCAAUGAAAAUUUUAAACCAUA